AUGCACGUUGAGGCAGAACAAUUCAAAGAAUUAUGGAAGUUCCCUACUAACUGGGAACAACUGGAAAACUAUAUUCUUUCCAACAAAGCAAUACUAUCAAAUUUGAUAGGGCAAAUCAAAGAAAGGGAAGAAAAACUAGUGAAUGACUACUCGACCUAUGUUGCAGAGAUAGAAUCAAUCAAAAGCGAAGACAAAGUAAGAGGGGAGACAAUUGAAGCAGAAUUUGAUCAUUACUGGGAGGUCAGACAAGGAGAUCAAAUAUUGGAUACGAGCAGUCAACUGAGGAGGAAAUUAGAAAUCCGCCUUGUCGAGCUUGAAUGUCAAGAAAGAGCAGCAAAAAGGGACGCUGAUAAGGAAACAAACAUAUCAGUAUCCCAAGCAAUAAUGUCGCAAGCCGCAGCUCAAGUAACUGUUACCGAUGGACAAUCAAACCUACCAAAACAAGAUGAGGGGACGCAUCCAAGCAACUCCUUCACCGUACCUCCACAAUCACAAAUGUUCCGUUAUUUAUACGGACAUGAAUUACGCGUCCCAGAAUUUCAUGGGAAUCCCGAAGAAUUCGAAUCGUUCUGGGAACUUUUCGAAGAACUCGUUCAUAAACAGCCUUACAGUGACUUGGAGAAACUAUCUAUUCUGUUAAGUUCUUGUAAAGGAGAUGCAGAGCGUGCUUUGCGAAUGAUACCGCGUAAUGGGCACUCAUAUGGCUUAGCAGUUAUGCAAUUGAAAUCCCAAUUUCGUGAUGAGCGCAGGAAUAAAACCAUUCUUUUACGCAAACUGCAAGCCCUGCCAAGAGCAGGGGAAGAUCCCAGACAACUUCAAAAUACUUACAACGACAUCCUGGCCCUGGUAGCCGAGAUGCGAAAACAAAACGAGGCUGUCGACAACACCGGUCUGUUACAAACAGUUCUUAGCAAAUUUUCGAAAAGUAUUCAGGAUGAAGCGGCAAAACGAGAAUAUGAUUCUAAAAAGAUCUGGUCUAUGAGCGACCUCAUGGAAAAUCUUGAUAUUCUUGUAAGAAGGCGAGUUCACGUAGGAUUCAAAACCGGUAGAAAUCAAGAAGAAAAUUUCACAGCGUUAAGCAUUCAGUCGAAACCUCAGACAUUAUAUUGUGUCGGAUGCAACGGAGCACAUAGGUUCGUAGACUGUGAUAAGUACAAAAACACGCACGAAAGAAGAGAAAGGCUCAAGCAGAUGAGGGUAUGUUGGAUUUGCUUCAGCAAACGACAUCAGUCUCAUGAAUGCCACAAACAGCGAUGUCCUCAUUGUGGAGGAGCACACCAUCCCGUGCUGUGCAAUCGUCAAGUACACAGCAGUAGAAGAACAAGCUGCUUUAGACAAAGAGCAUUUUCCCCAUCCUCCAGCCACAUACAGAGACAGCCGUCUCCUAAGCCACAACAACGGUAUAAACACAAUCGAUCCCCCUCCCCAGUUUUUCGUCCAAAAGCGCAAAGCCCAAACGUGAGUUUUAAAGAUGCUGGACGAUUACGAACUAAUAGUCCUAUCCCAAAGAGCAGAUAUACGAGAAAUCGAUACAGCGAAGAUUACAGAAAACAAGGAAACAGAUCCUUUCAUACGUCGCCAAGCCAUAAAAGCCCCAAUCGAGUAAGAUUUGUGACUUUCACAAUGUCAAAACGGGACUCCGACGCUGACGAUUCAACACUUACAUUAGCAAACGAGAAAGAAUUACAGAGUAUUGAAAAUGCACAAUGUACAAGAUUGAUGACAGUCCCAGUAAAAAUUCGCAAUAACAGCUCCGGACAAAUGGAGACAAUUAUGGCCCUCUUGGAUAGCGCAUCGGAUUCGUCAUUCAUUACCAUCGAAGCCGUUCGAAGGUUAAACUUGAAAUCGCAUUCAGAACGAAUAAUAACAGUCACAACAUUUGGAGGACGAGCAUAUCAGAGAAGCACAAAACGAGUUGAGGUAACGCUUUUCAACUACAACGGACAACCGAUGGAAGUCACCCUACUUACUCAUGAAAAUAUCACUAAGCCUCUAUGCUUAUGUGAUCUUACAGAAGAAGACUUAAGAUUCCUCGAAGACAACUUCAUCCUUACAGACAAAUCUCUUCUCAGGCAAACAACCGUCAACCCGGAAAUUUUGUUAGGCAUAGACUACUUCAAUAGUAUUCUAAUAAUCGACAAACAACCUAUUCAACUUCCCUCCGGCUUCUACGUGACACCUACAUUCUUUGGUCAUGUUAUCUCAGGUUCCCAUUUUGGUCAUCUUGAGCAUUCUAGCAGCUGGGGAAACCAUUCACUUACUGUGGAUGUCGAAGACCUCUACCACCAAUACGAAAUGUUCCAAUCCAAUGAAGAUAAUUGGGUAAAUGCACCCACCCAGCAACAAGAGAAGGAACAAAUCAUGAACAAUUUCAACUCUACAGUACAAAUACGCGAGCACAAGAUAUUUGUGCAAUUUCCAUGGAAAGAAAAUAAAAAUAAACUCUCAGACAACUUUGGGUUGGCCCUUAAUAAUGUCUUACUAUCAGCAGAAUCAACCGAAGAAGCGAUUAACAAAUACCUACUUAGCAAACAAAUUUUCAAAGACAUGUCCAUGAAUCUGAGGGAAUAUAUCUCCAAUGAUCCACACUGUAAUGAAAAGAUCAACCUAAAUGACAUCGCCAAUCACAAAGACCAUAAAAUACUCGGAAUAGCAUGGGACCCGGAUCAAGACCAGUUGAAACUGAAAUCAAAACUAAAGUACACGCCAAUCCCCACCAAAAGGUCUGUAUUGCAAGCAAUACAUUCCACAUUCGAUCCCUUAGGAUUUUUGACUCCAUUGUUACUAAACGCACGCAUUUUUAUGCAAGAUCUAUGGCAAAAGCCAUACAAGUGGGAUUCUCCCCUGUCGAAGGAAGAUGACAAGAGCUGGCGCAGCAUAUGCGACGAAGCAUGUGAUUUUAAUGUUGCCAUUCCAAGGAAAAUAACAACACAUGCUCAAGGAGAAGUCAACCAGAUUCAUACGUUUGUGGACGCAUCAAUAAGAAGCUACGCGGCCUGCGUGUACAUGAGAACGAAAAAUUCAACAGGUACUAUCAAAAGUCAUCUACUCAUUGCUCGCAGCAGACUAUCUCCGAAAAAAAGUCUGCAAAAUCAAUCCAAUAUAACAAUUCCCCGCCUGGAGUUGAUGGCAUUAGAACUGGGAAUGAAACUCACAGAGUUUGUACUAGAUGAGAUAGACUUGAACAUUGAUUAUGUUCACAUAUAUAGCGACUCGCAAAUAGUGCUCUGUUGGGUCCAUACGACUAAACCGAAAAACAAAAAUGGUACAUUCGUCAGUAAUCGAGUUGCAAAAAUAAAAGAGUCACUACAGAGAAUUGCCGAGAAAGGGGUCGAAUGUCAAAUCCAGUACAUCCCUAGUGAAAAGAAUCCUGCAGAUUACGCCACCCGGGGUACUAAUUCGGCCGAGAUCAUCAAAGCUGAGUGGAUGAAAGGACCAAAAUUUCUUCUAAACACUGAACAGUACACCAACCAAGAAUUCCCUCUACGCAUAACCACCAAAAACAAAAACAUUCAACUAGAUGAAAGUGAACAGACAAGUGUGGAAAAUAUUCAGGAAGAAGACAGAGAAGAAUGUACUGGAAAUGACUCUUUAAGGGAAUUGCCAAUACAUGCGACAUGCACCGAGGCAAAGAUGGACAAACAAUUGCCGCUACCCGUAUUGUCAACAUGGUUUGAAACAAAAAGAGCAAUGACAAAUGUACUACGUUUCGUCAAACUUAGAAUCAGUAGUACCAUAUCAGAAGAAAAUCAACGAAAAUUGAGUAUAGCCAUACCUGAGCUGUCUGAGAUCCGUACGGAACGCCAGCGUCAGGAAAUAAGCACCGAAGAGAUCAACGCCGCUGAAAAAUGUAUCAUCAAAAUGAUACAGCGUCAGUUCAAAAUACCAAAUGACAAAUACAAGAAUCUCAACCUACUUCCUGACCCUGACGGUAUUCUUAGAUGUUUUGGGAGAUUACAAAAGUCUUUACUACCAGAAAAUACUCGCAACCCUAUCCUUCUUCCACCCAAUGACCCCAUCACAAGACUGAUCGUAAAAGAGUAUCACGAAAAAAUUGGACAUCAGGGAGUAAAUGGGACUAUAGCGAAUAUACGUACCAAAUUUUGGAUACCAACAGCAAGACAAGUAGUACGCAAGACAUUGAAUUCAUGCAUGAUUUGCAAAAGAUGGCACGCAAAGCCAUACCUGUAUCCGAAUUCGCCGUCACUACCACUCUGUCGAUCAUCAAGUUCUCGACCAUUUGAGCAUGUGGGGAUAGACUUCGCGGGUCCUUUUUAUGUCCGAGCAAUGGAAGACUCUACCAUAAAGGUGUGGACAUGCCUCUUCACAUGCAUGGUCACAAGAGCCGUGCACCUGGAAAUGGUCGAAUCGUUAAGUGCAGAAGCGUUUGUAAAUAGCUUACGACGAUUUGUAGCGAGACGAGGAGUACCAACAUCAAUAAUUUCUGAUAAUGCAACCAAUUUUCAAUUGGGACAAGAAAUUAUCAAUGAUCAAACAGCGCAAAACGAGAUUGCUGACGUCUCAACAUUCAACACAUUCUUGUCAAAAAAUCAAAUAAAAUGGAAGUUUAUCACACCCCUUUCACCAUGGAAAGGAGGUUUCUAUGAAAGGCUCGUGGGAAUUAUGAAACUAUGUUUGCGAAAAAUAAUAGGACGCCGACAACUUGCUGCCCCCAGCUUCCAAACUUUUCUCAGCGAAGCAGAAGCAAUGAUCAACACAAGGCCUCUGGCCUACGCCGGCAGCGACGUUGAUGACUCACUCAUCAUCAGGCCAAUCGAUUUCUUGAUACCACAUGCUCAGCUCAACCUUAUAAAAGAACAAGAUGAAAGAAUGGAGCAAGAAUGCCACACAAGGGAUAAUGAAAAUGAAACCAAUGGCGAAGAGCAUGAAGAGAUGAGCCCGUACGUGGCAAUGGAGGUUGAACUGACAGGUGACGAAGAUAAUCAUUCUCAAGUAAAAGGAGAGCCACCCGCGCACAUGUGCAGUCCUAAAUGCGAGGCAAUGGAAAGCCUUCAUGAAUCUAUCAGGGCUCUCCACGAGGACGUGAUUAACCUAAGAAAGGAAAUAAAAAUGCAGAAGAAGAGCAGAAAACGCAAACACGAAAGCGACAAUUACACAAAAACCAACUGUUUUUAUUGCAAACUUGCCAAGCGCUAUGGCGAGAUGACUCGUCAUCACACGGUAUUUUGCCACUACCAGUUCAAAAUGUGA